AAGUAUGUCAUUUCAGUCAACAUGACGUUAUUGGUACGCGCCUAGAAUGGAAAUUCACGGUUACCUCAUUUUACUAAUUUUAAUACCUUUCUCGAAAUGUUUGACAUCGCAUGACCGGAUGCUUAGUUUUCUUUCUAGGAACAAGACGCGGAUUUGGUUCAAAAACCAAGCAGGUCCAAGCAGACCAGACAAUGCAUACUGCAGUCUAUGCUGUUUGAACAUAACAAAAAACCCAGUAGGUAAAAAAUGUGGAAGACACACGCUAUGUCUCUACGAGAAAGGCAAAAUGGGGCCAGCGUGCAAAGGAUCGGUCAACGUUGGUUUCAGUGAGGAGGAGAAAGCUGCCAUUGUAGAUAUUCAUAACACAGUAAGGAAUCUAGUGGCAACCGGAACGGAAAGUAGGGGAUCUCCAGGACCACAAUACAAGGCUGCCAACAUGAGGGCCUUAGAAUGGAACGACGAAUUGGAAGAGCUGGCUAGGAGUUGCGUUUUAGGUGGGUGUUCCAAUGCAUAUACGGCCAUGACGUCUGCAGAGACCUUGAAAAGUAUCCUGUAGGUCAAAAUAUAGCCAGAGGAAUCGGAUUUUUAAACGACGACAUGGCUUACGUAGCAGAUUGGUACAGCAAUGUAAAUGACUUUCACAGAGACUGGAUAUAUGAUUACCAAUUGCCAUACUCAGAUAUUCGUGCUCAAUACACUCAACUGGUAUGGGCAGAAACCUAUCAAAUAGGUUGUGCGCGAAUAGUAUUCCAAGGGCCAGAAAGUCCGUCAGUAUCGUAUUGGGAACACUUUGUUUGCAACUAUGGACCAACAGGAAAUAUUCCUGGACACCCCGUUUACAGGGUAGGAGAACCAUGCUCGCAGUGUCCCCCAGGCACCGGUUGCUCGUUGGACUAUCCAGGGCUUUGCGGCCAAGAGCAAUUCUUCAACAUCACUUACGUGAAGAAAACUCAUCGAGCUGUCAAUAUCCCAGCAACAACGCCAGGUGGACGAGGAGCUAUAAAAGCGCCAUUUGUAUUGUUGGUUUUUAUGUCUUUUUUGACUUUACAGUAAACAUGUAUUUCAUAGUGGAAAUGUAUAUAUAUAUAUAUAUAUAUAUAUAUAUAUAUAUAUAGGUGAAAAAUAAACCUUCCGCCUUUAGUUGGGUACUUCGACAAAAUUCAAGCAAUGAGGACUCUUUAUACUUUAUUAGUCUCUAGCUUCCAGUGGACUUUGCCAUCUUCAUCAGGAGCUGCAAUAACAUUGAGAAGAAAUAGCAAC